AUGCCCUUCAAAUUCAAAUAUCUUGUCCAACUCCUCGAGGAUCUUGACUCAGCCCGAAGAGACUCACACAAUGUGAUCUCGGUGCGCCCGCCCAAGCGGGUUACGCCGAAGCUGGGUCAGCCCGGCCAGAUCAUUCGAGAAUGGUUCAAGCGACACGAAGCCGACAUCGUCCGCAAGGGGCCAUCCGCUGUUGCCUUGCUCUCCAGCCUGCUCCUGCAUCGGUCGCCCCAUCGUGUCUACGCUUUGCAGGAGAAGAGGCUGACCAGUGUCAUGUGCAAGGUGCUUGGCCUUCCCGAGGAUCGCGGUCGUGGGCUGCAACUGCACCAAUGGCAGAAAACAGCCAUGGACUUUGCGACCUGUGUUGAACAGCUUGUGGCUGACGCCGGCUUUGACCGCCCUAGCCCCGACCACGAGGUGACCCUCGAGGAAAUCGACCACGCAAUGGAACGAUUAGCAGAACGUUCAAACUUCGACGAGAAGGCCCACCUCCUCAAGCGCAUAUUCUGGCGGCUGAAUUGCAGCGAGGCCAAAUGGCUCGUGCGGAUGAUCCUGAAGACCUACAACCCUGUCGAGAUCCCCGACCAUCUGGUUCUGAGCUGCUUUCACUUCCUAUUGCCGCAGAUUAUCCAUUUUCGGAAUUCGCUUGCAGACGCCAUCGAGGUUCUCCAGACGCCAGAACUUGCAUCAAUUCCCCAUGACCCACCGGAGGACCUGCGACCUCAAUACCGUCAGGAAUGCGCCCGGCACGUCAGACCUAGACUUGGCAUUCCAUUGCAGCGACAGGAAUUUGUGCAGGCUAGAGGCAUCGGAAGCUGCAGUAGAAGUGCCAACCAGAGAACCAUGAGUGUCGAGCGCAAAUAUGACGGCUGGUACGUGCAAGUUCACAUCGACGUGUCGAAGGGCACAGACCGGAUACAAAUCUUCUCCAAACGCAGCAAGGAUCUCACCGGCCCUGCCUGGCGUCUACAUGAUGCCAUCGAGGCCGGCUUGCGCCUUGGCCAGCCAUCCUGCGCCAUCGCUCGAGGUUGCAUUCUUGAGGGUGAAAUGCUGGUCUGGAGCCGCAGUGGACGAGCUAUCCAGCCGUUCUGCAAGAUUCGGAAAUACAUCGACAUCAAUGGCCGGACUAUCGGCACCGCGACCGACUCACCCAAAUCAACCGACGAGCAACUGAUGGUAGUCUUCUACGACUGCUUGUUGCUCGAUGACUGGAAUCUGGCAUUCGAACCUCAUCUUGUGCGACGACAGCAGGUACAGCGCAUCGUCACCCCUGUGGAGGGCCUGGCUCAAAUUGGCGACCGCCAUGUGAUCAACUUCGGUCCCGCAAGUGGGAAAAAGCAACUGCUGGAGUAUUUCGCUUACGCUGUUACUGAAAGGUGGGAAGGUCUCGUCCUGAAGGGGUGUGAAGACCCUUAUUUCUCGACGGGUUGGCACAACAAUACAAUCAAGUUGAAGAAGGAUUAUAUCAAGGGAUGCGGCGACCGUGCCGACCUUUGCAUUGUCGGUGGGCGUAAAGAUGCCGCAGACGCGGAAAAGAUUGGUCGCUCGCUCCGGUGGACGACCGUGCACUUGGCCUGCCUGAAGAACAAAGAGGACGUCAUACGAUACCGGGCAAGACCAACUUAUCUGGUCCUCGCUGAGGUCACGCGUCCUUGCAUCCCCGAGGACAUGCUCCUGGACCUCAAUCGAAGAGGCAUAGGUCGAUGGGUGCCAUUUGCCUAUAAGUCGGACCGUCUGAAUGUCGAAAUCGACCAGCCAGAGCUACGACGCAACCCUCCCACCGACCUAUUUCGGGAGCCAUUCAUCGUCGAGGCCAUAGGGGCAGGCUUCGACAAGCCGGAAGAUGCCUCAUACUUUACUUUACGGUUUCCACGGGUUGAUAAAAUGCAUUUCGAUCGUGGUGUGACUGAUACUCACUCUUUCGAUGAGUUGCAGGAAUUGGCAAGGACGAGCUUCGAACCUCCGAGCGCCGAAGAACAAGAAGAGAUGGAGUGGUACAAACGGUUGAUUCGAGCUGAGCCGAAGAAGAACCAGCAUAUUUACCUCCAAUCACAGUCUCAAGAUACGUCAACUUCAUCAAGCGCAUCGCCGUUCAAUGUUACAGAGUGCACGCCUACUCCAUCAGCAAGGCAGAGUGUUGUAUCUCCCAUGGUCCCCAGUCAACAAGUGAAGCUGAAGAACCUUGUAUACGAUGAAUCUCCUUGCCAACCAGUACACAGUCAAUUGUCUUUAUCAACCGCCAGGACCAAAGCAGACACGCCAACAGUGCUUGAUACCGUGGCCGUCGAACUUACCAGGCAGACGACGUUUCCACCGCCUCUCAGCAGUCGUGUUACUGACGGAUCUCCAGCGCAAUCGACGGCCGGCGCGUCCAUGCCAUCUCCUCUUCUUGGAACCUCUACUAGCGGUAAUAGACUAGUAAUCCCGUUAGUCACCCCUCCUCAACUUCGACGAACCCACACAGAUGAAACCUCAAGGGGGGUUAAGCGCAAACUGGCACGAUCAGACACAUUACCUACAACCACCAAGCGAGCAAGGGAGGAUCCGAACCAACAACCGCCUAACUUUUCACCGCCGACUGCGACCGGAACCUCAUCUCAACGUCCAAUCAAGCCAUUCUUUCAAAACCGCCCGGCGUCCGUCAUCACGAAGCCGCGCCAACCCCUCCUGGAACUCGAGAACGUGUCGCCAACGCGUGGCUUGAACAAGACGGCCACCUCCCCAAGAAAGACGCACUCGCCCCGCAACAGAGCCAAAGAAUGCAACGCAGCCACAACCCUCGGGAAGACAACCACAGCAGCAAGCACGACAGGAAGUCAAGCUUCCCAACCGUUGCCGCCGCUCUUACAACCGCAACCGCAACAGCAAUCGCACUUCCCCCUGGACAAGACGAUCUGCAAGACCCUCUGGCCCGACUCGCCGAAGUAUAUCGACUCCCCAGAAGACCCACACCACAUCUACAUGGUGCUAGUGGCUUCGGGAUCCGCCCUCUCUCCAACGCUGGUCCACGACUUGAGGAGACAAAUCUUCCAAGCGUACCGGAUAUAUUGGAAUGGGAGGACCGUGGAUAUGGUUGAGGAAGGAGGCCAACGACACGCAGACGGAUCUGGAGAGAGCGAUAGUGAUAGAAAAGAUACGGUUACAACCAGCAAUAGCCGGCCCGCCAUCCAAGCCCAGCGCCGAGUCAUCCUCUUUUAUGAGGACGGUAUCUCGCAGUACCUCGGCAGCAAUGAUCUGUCAGGAAAUGGGACUGGCACAGGCACAGGCACAGGGACAAGCACAAGCACAGGCACAAGCACAAUCGACCUACAAUCCAUCUUGCCUAGAGUUGAGACGAAACAGUUCUUCAUCCGAGCCUUGGAACUCACGACGCGGGAUGACAAAGAGGAGGUGCCGAGGUCGCGCGACAUUUCGAGCUGGAAGGAGGCGAUGAAGCUGGUAAGCGAUAUGCCGGGCGGGAUGAUGCUGUACAUUGAUUGA